AGAGAGAAAAAAGAAAGAAUUAAAGAGCAAAUUAAGAUGGAAGUAAUGCAGGUACUUCACAUGAACAAUGGAGAAGGAGAGUAUAGCUAUGCCAAAAACUCCAAUAUCCAGAGGAAGAUAAUAUCAGCAACAAAUUCAAGGCUUAAAGAAGCAGUGAUAAGCAUUUUGAGAAAGAACAAAAAAAUGGCAGAAAGCAUUGGCAUUGCUGAUUUAGGUUGCUCCUCGGGACCGAACGCUUUGAUAGUCGUCACAGAAGUUAUAAAUAUCAUAGACGCAACGUGUCGAAAAUCGGGCAGAUCGUUGCCGGAGUUGAGAAUUUAUCUUAAUGAUCUUCCGGGGAAUGAUUUCAAUGACAUAUUUAGGUCUUUGCCAGAAUUCUUUCACAAAGUAAAAGAAGAGAAAGGUUCAGAAAAUUGCUAUGUUGCAGGGGUGCCUGGUUCAUUUUAUGGAAGGCUUUUUCCACUAAAAAGCAUGCACUUUAUUCACUCUUCCUCUAGUCUCCAUUGGCUCUCGCAGGUUCCACCUGGUUUGGGUACCAAUGCAAGGACAACCCUAAACAAAGGGAAAUUAUACAUAUCAAGUACUAGUCCAAGUGAAGUAAUCAAUAAAUACAUGUCACAGUUUCAGAAAGACUUCUUUUUAUUCCUUCAAUCACGUUCGCCGGAGAUGGUUGCCGGCGGGCGGAUGUUGUUGUCUCUCAUGGGGAGGAGCUCUAUUGAUCCCACGGCGGAAGAUGGUUGUUACUACCAGUGGGAGCUCCUUGCACUAGCACUUUCUAUUUUGGUAUCUAAGGUUAUUCUCCUAAAACCUAUCUUAUGAUCUCUUUGUAUUUGGUUACUCAUUUCUGUUGAAAAAAGAAGAAGUCAAAAUUCAAUUUGAUCAGAUUUUUCGAUUUUUCCUAAAGUUAAAGCCAGUGUCGCAUAUGUACUAUUCAUAUUGUCCAGGAUGCGACUACAACUUUUAACUAAGAUUUUACGUUCUUUUUUAAAUA